AUGCCAACAGGAAAUCACUGGACAGCAGACUCUUCCAAGAUCAUAACUUGGCUGUUGGAGCAACCUGGAAAAGAAGAAAAAAGAAAAACGAUGGCAAAAGUAAAUAGAGCUCGGUCUACCUCCCCUCCAGAUGGAGGCUGGGGCUGGAUGAUUGUGGCUGGCUGUUUCCUUGUUACCAUCUGCACCCGGGCAGUCACAAGAUGUAUCUCAAUUUUUUUUGUGGAGUUCCAGACAUACUUCACUCAGGAUUAUGCACAAACGGCAUGGAUCCAUUCCAUUGUAGAUUGCGUAACCAUGCUGUGUGCUCCACUUGGGAGUGUUGUCAGUAACCAUUUAUCCUGUCAAGUGGGAAUCAUGCUGGGUGGCUUGCUUGCAUCUACCGGACUCAUCCUGAGCUCAUUUGCCACGAGUCUGAAGCAUCUCUACCUCACCCUGGGAGUUCUUACAGGUCUGGGAUUUGCACUUUGUUACUCUCCAGCUAUUGCCAUGGUUGGCAAGUACUUCAGCAGACGGAAAGCCCUUGCUUAUGGUAUUGCCAUGUCAGGAAGUGGCAUUGGCACCUUCAUCCUGGCUCCUGUGGUUCAGCUCCUUAUUGAACAGUUUUCCUGGCGGGGAGCCUUACUCAUUCUUGGGGGCUUUGUCUUGAAUCUCUGUGUUUGUGGUGCCUUGAUGAGGCCAAUUACUCUUAAAGAGGAUCACGCAACUCCAGAGCAGAACCAUGUCUGUAGAACUCAGAAAGAAGACUUUAAGCGGGUGUCUCCCUAUUCAUCUUUGACCAAAGAAUGGGCACAGACUUGCCUCUGUUGUUGUUUGCAGCAAGAGUACAGUUUUUUACUGAUGUCGGACUUUGUUGUGUUAGCCAUCUCCGUUCUGUUUAUGGCUUAUGGCUGCAGCCCUCUCUUUGUGUACUUGGUGCCUUAUGCUUUGAGUGUUGGAGUGAGUCAUCAGCAAGCUGCUUUUCUUAUGUCCAUUCUUGGAGUGAUUGACAUUAUUGGCAAUAUUACAUUUGGAUGGCUGACCGACAGAAGGUGUCUGAAGAAUUACCAGUAUGUUUGCUACCUCUUUGCUGUGGGAAUGGAUGGGCUCUGCUAUCUCUGCCUCCCAAUGCUUCAAAGUCUCCCUCUGCUCGUGCCUUUCUCUUGUACCUUUGGCUACUUUGAUGGUGCCUACGUGACUUUGAUCCCAGUAGUGACCACAGAGAUAGUGGGGACCACCUCCUUGUCAUCAGCGCUUGGUGUGGUAUACUUCCUUCACGCAGUGCCGUACUUGGUGAGCCCACCCAUCGCAGGAUGGCUGGUAGAUACCACCGGCAGCUACACUGCAGCAUUCCUCCUCUGUGGAUUUUCAAUGAUAUUUAGUUCUGUGUUGCUUGGCUUUGGUAGACUUGUAAAGAGAAUGAGAAAAACCCAGCUGCAGUUCAUUGCCAAAGAAUCCGAUCCCAAGCUGCAGCUAUGGACCAAUGGAUCAGCGGCUUAUUCUGUGGAGAGAGAAUUAGAUCAGAAACAUGCGGAGCCUGUGGCUACAGCAGUGCCCGGCUACAGCCUCACAUGACCAAUGGCCUUGAGCCCCAGAAUCUUCAG